AGAGUUGAAGCCAAGAUGAGGUAUGGUCUUCAACUAUUCUGUGCUUGGACUACUACUCGGGAUUUUGGCCAGUGAUCCACACCUUUUUGUAAAAUGUUUUGAGAACGUUUUUCAUGUGCAUACUAGCUUCUGAUGUAGUGUGAGAUAUCCACAGGUGUGGAAAGUUGAUGAUAUGUGUAUGUUGUGUAACUGUGUAAGUUGUGACGAUUAUGGUAUGUAUAAGUAUGGUAUGUAGG